AAUUAAAAAGACAAAGGAUGAACCAAAAAUCAUCAUUAAGAAUAGAAUUAAAAAGACAAAGGAUGAACCAAAAAUCAUCAUUAAGAAUAGAAUUAAAAAGAUAAAGGAUGAACAAAAAAUCAAUGCCGUUAGGAAUAAAAAUAAGAUUUUACAGAAUGAAAAUAAAAAAUUGAACAACGAAAUUAAGAAGUUGAAUAACGUAAUCAAGAGGUUGAAUAAGUUGAACAAUAAGAGUUUAAAAAAUCAAAAAAGUCCUUCAAAUGUUGAAAUUGGAAAGAGUUUCGAAAAUGAAAUUAGCAAGAUUUUAAAGAGUAAAGGGGUUCUUUGUUAUGUUGUUGGUGGUAGUGGAGAUUAUGGUAUUGAUAUUUUUGCGAUUUAUAAGCAAAAACUUAUUUUAAUUCAAUGUAAAUGUCAAGAAUCUUCUUUGGGUACAGAAGUUGUUAUCAAAAUGCAUUCUGCUAUUAAUAUGAUUGACGGGUGUUUUGGUGUUAUUGUUUAUGAUAGUAGGAAAUUAGUUCAUAAUGAUAGUAGGAAAUUAGUUCAUAAUGAUAGUUCUUUAACACCGAAUGCAUCGAGUUUUUUACAGGGUAUAUGUCCUCAAGUUAAAAUUGCAACUGAAAAAGAUAUUUUUCAAUGUAUUGUAAAAAUGAUUCCUUAA